CGAUUUUCACAUCCCUAACUUUUAUGUUUAUUUUUUGCAAUAAAAUAGGUCUCGCUCGCGAAAUUGCAACAAUUAACUUUGUUAUAAACCUACAUUUCCAAUAAGAAAGCAAAUCAUCGACUAUCUAGUGGACGAAAAUGAAAUCCACUUAAAAUGUCCGGUGAUUAUUAUGGAUCACUGGCGGGAUCUUCGCUGCCGCCCAGCUCAUCAACAUCAGCAGGCAAUAACAAUCAAUGCACUUCAACUCGUUGGCUAACUGAGGAAGUUUUUGCAUUAAUAGAUUUAGUGCAACGAAAUGAAGCUAUUUAUAACCCACGUCAUAAGUACUAUUUCUGUCGUCCCUAUGUCGAAAACUUUUGGCGUGAAGUAGAUCUAAAACUUGAGAAGAAUCCUGGUGCCAGUUUAGCCAAGUGGACAAAUCUGCGCAUAUCUUUUCGGCGUGAAUAUACAAACUAUUUGGAAGAGAAAGUGCCACCAUGCUGGACAUAUUUUGAUCGUAUGUUCUUCCUGCAUCCCUAUUUAAGGAAGAAACAUCAACAAUCAAAAUCUUUGGAUUCCCAAGUGCAGGAUGCUCUGGUACAAAUAAGUUCGCUAUCCAAUCGCUUGCAGAGGGAAAGAGCUGUGGCUGCUGCUGCAGCCGCCAGUUCUUUGGGUCCAACGAAUAACACUGCAGCUUCAUCACCCUCCCAACCACAACUGGACAACUAUUUGGAAUAUUUCGAUGAUCCCGAAAAUAAUCCCUCCGAAUUGGAUGAUAUGAUUGAUGAAGAACAUCCCAACUCCUCGCAAUUUGCCCACUCAACUUUGGCAAAUGAUAUAAAGUCUGAAUGUGAAGACAAUAACGAUGAGUACGAUAAUGUAGAACGUCCAGGAGACGAAGAUGAUUUGCACGAGGCUGAUGGGGAAGCGGAUAUGAGAAACUUUGAUUAUCAGACAGAGAAACGCCAGACUCCACAACAUCAUCAACGCCUACAAAACUUGCAAAGACUUCAAUCACGUCCCUAUUAUGAGGAGUUCCGCAAUAAAAGAGCUAGAUCUCAGGAUAGCAUAUCGAGUUCGCAAGCCUUCGGCACACCACCAUCCAUAAAUAACGUCUCAUUUGUUAGACCCACAUUUACCAAACCUUUGGAUGUAGUCAGCACUACAACAACAACACAAAGUCACAAUUCUUCUUCUGGUCGCAGCAAUAAUAAUUCAAAUAGUUCGGGCUCCAAUAACUCUACAUCUCUAUCGAAUACAGAUGUUGAACCUGUGAGCAAUUCAAGUGCAAUAACAACAACACGUUCUUCAGCACAACAACAUCAUCAUGUUCCCUAUUCUACGCCAACAAUGCCCCAUGCACAUCACAAUCAUCACCAUUCUGCACGUUACGAGAUCUCCAAUUUAAAUUCCCAACCUAGUCUAGCUACGAAUGGUAGCAGUGCCGCAACGAGUGGUGGACAUCAGUUUUCAAAUGGUCUUAAUAAUCCCCUGGCUAUUGCUGCCCCUACAGCCAGCACACCGGAAUUGUGCGAUUGCAAAACUGAUCCCGAUGCCAUGUUCUUAAUGAGUCUUUUGCCCGAUAUACAAAAAUUAAACGGUCGUGAUCGUGGCAAAAUAAAAAUUGCUUUUCAAAAUAUAUUACAAGACUAUUUGUAUCCCGACUAAGGUGGAAACAAAGUUUAUGAAACUUGACGCAAAUUGAUUCCUUACAAACAACAACAAAACGGAAUAGUGAUACAUUAUAAAUGUAUACUUUGUGCUAAUAUAGCAACUAGGUUUAAAACAUUCGUCUAAUAUUAUUGUCAACUAUAUAUAUAUAUGAACGUUUAUGUAUGCUUUAAAUGUGCUUAAGAACAUUUAAGAAUAAAAAAAA